GGGUGGUCAGCCCGGGACGGUCGGGCUGGCUUAGGGGGUCGCUCCUCACGGAGCAGCGGYCGGGGCGGCGAGGAAAGCGAGGGGCUCGCACCCCGCAUCCCGUACCCCGCCGUGGAGCCGAGGGGAGAGAGAGAAGAGCACCGAGUGCGGCAGCGGCUGCCGGCAUUUGCUGGGGUGGGCAGGGAAGCACAGACAGGAGUCGCGCCAGCGACUGASAACGGGGAAUCCGCUCCUCGGAAACCUCGGGGGCAAAGAUACCCCUGGCUSAAAGGGUUUUGAGGGGAAGGGGAAAUCGAAUGUAAACGAAUUUUGGUAGUUUUGCUGAAAUAAUCAAGUGCCGAAGGCAGAUCUUAGGCAGAUAAGAUAGAGGGAUGGAUCCCGCUGUUUUGGAUGCCGGCUUGAAUUUUUUAUUUACUUUUCUGUUUUGACCACUGCUAAAUGUGGAUUUUGUGAGCAAACCCGAUGGCGGUUGUUCCAUUGUUUCUUGUUUGAACGUAAAUCCUAGUCCUGCUGCUUGUGGAUUUUUUGUUUAUUUAUUUAUUUAUUUUUUUGGAAAGGACCUUUCCAGGUAGCUUUUGCGUCUGGCAAAAUGAAGCCUUUGUAUUUUUCAGUCAAUUAUACCUAAUAUUGACAUUGUGUUUGGUAUAAGAGACUUAAAGUGCUGCCUCACUCAGAGGACCAUUAAAGACUUUCUCGRUCGCUACAUGUAGCUGAAUGUGUUACGACACAUCCUUUCUCCCCCCCCAAAUCUUCCGAAAGAUUUUUCCAAAAUGAAGAAAUUUAAUUUUCGCAAAGUUUUGGAUGGUUUAACUGCCUCAUCCCCUGUUGGAAGCAGUGGCGGUGGCAGUGGAAGUGGGGCUGGUGGUGGCUCCGUGCACCCAGGAGGGACUGCGGGAGCUGCAGGGACACCCAGAGAAGAGAUCCAGGAGACGCUCACUUCAGAUUAUUUUCAGAUCUGUAAGACGGUUCGCCAUGGCUUUCCUUACCUACCCACUGCCUUAGCUUUUGACCCCGUUCAGAAAAUUCUGGCAAUUGGAACAAGAACAGGAGCCAUACGAAUAUUGGGCAGGCCUGGUGUUGAUUGCUACUGCCAACAUGAAAGUGGUGCUGCAGUUCUGCAGCUCCAGUUCUUAAUCAAUGAGGGUGCUUUGGUCAGUGCWUGUGCAGAUGAUGCACUUCAUUUGUGGAAUCUCCGACAGAAAAGACCAGCUAUUCUACAUUCUCUGAAAUUUAACAGAGAAAGGAUUACUUACUGCCAUCUACCUUUCCAGAGUAAAUGGCUUUAUGUUGGAACAGAGAGAGGAAAUACACACAUUGUAAAUAUUGAGUCCUUCAUUCUUUCUGGAUAUGUUAUCAUGUGGAACAAGGCAAUAGAACU